GGAUCAGUAUGGCGUUGGAUGUCUCGCGCGAUGGAUGUCGUUGGUUUAUGCUUUAGCUGACAGCAGUAUAAAUGUUAUCAUUUGUCGUGUUUUGAAUGGCCAAAAAUUCGAAUAAUACCACAGUUCUUCGCGAUUGUGUCACGCGUUUUUUCCAUUCGCGUUCCAUUCAUGCGAUAAAACAUAGUUAAUUAAUAUCGGUAGUUCAAUAAACGACGACGACACUCUGCUGCGCAACGUAAAUAAUACGUACGUCAUAAGACAAACGAGAUGUUCACCCACCAUGGAGGUUGUAACUAUAUCAGAUGUUGUCGACUUGUUUAAUCAAUUCAACGAGAGUCUGGGGUCAUAUGCAUUUUCAAGAUGGAUUGGCCAGUUUGUGGAAGAAUAUCAGGCAUCAAAAGCUCUAUUCCUAGGUGCGAUCGGUCUUUUAUUAAUCCUGAUCAUCGUGUCUAUAGUAGUACUGCGCAAAUGGAAAAACAAAGAAUUCUUGCCAGAGGUAAAAGAAUUCGUUGGCGUUGGAAGCGGCAGGCCGCGAUUCAGAAAACGAGACAAAGUAUUAUUCUACGGUAGAAAAAUGCUCAGGAAAGUGAAAUCAAUUAGCGGCCAAGUACAUCCUACUGGACAAGGGAAAAAGAGACGCGCCGUUAUGCGAUUUGCCAGAAGAUUGCUCCAGCUUAAGAAAGAGAGCGCCCCUCAACAGUUGAAGGUACUGGAACCUCCGGCUGAAUAUUUGGAGGAAGAUCUCGGCCCAGGAGACAGAGUGCCGCCAGAUGCGUUGUACAUGCUUCAAAGCAUAAGAGUAUUUGGUCAUUUUGAAAAGCCGGUUUUCCUCAAACUAUGCAAGCAUACAGAGAUCAUGAAUUUACCCGCUGGCAGUUAUCUAUUCAAAAUUGGAGACCCAGAUGUGAAUGUAUUCAUCGUCCAGCAAGGGCUGGUCAAUGUAUUUAUUGUAGGAGCCGAUGGUGCUCAAAUUUCUUUGAAACUAGUAAAAACUGGAGAAUCCGUAACUAGCUUACUCAGCUUUACAGAUGUGCUUACUGGGCACACUAGCUCUUACAAAACCGUGUCAGCCAGAGCUGUUGAGGACUCUGUAGUUGUCAAACUGCCGAUGAGUUCUUUUCAGGAAGUAUUUCAAGACUACCCAGACGCAUUCAUUCGAGUCAUCCAAGUCAUAAUGGUUCGUUUACAACGCGUGACGUUUACCGCGUUGCAUCAGUACCUGGGCCUGUCAGCAGAGCUGGUGAAUCCAGGAAUGCAGAAAAAGAAGCAGAGCCCAUUUUCUGGUUCUCCAGUUCGUUCUAGAACUAGGGAAAAUUUUACUGGACAGGGUUUGGAUACUAAUCCCAACACCGUCUCGGGACACAUAGAGCAACCGGUGGCGGGAUCUAAUAUUUUUCAUCGAGAUUGCUCGGGACUGAUAUCCCAGCCAAUUCCGAUUGCCUCUAGUCGUCGGUCAAAGAAUACUUCAGACUGGAAGUACCAAAGUUCCAGUCCUCUUCUGAAUCAAAAUACGCCAGAUAUGGUGCCAGAGUGCGAUUCGCAUUGGCCAACUCUGCCGAUGCCGAAUCAACAAAAUUCCCAAGGUGCUGCACCGGAUCUCAUGCAUUCCGGCAGUGGUAGCGCUAAUAGAAAACGUCCAACCAACGACGGAUCGCAUCAACAACAUAUGGAUGAACAGCAGUUGAUUCAGUUGGCGACAGAUGCGUUUGUGCGAGAACUGGGACUAGAAGACGACACCAUUCUUAAAGAUGGAAAAGUACAAAUUCGGGAGAUUCCAGGAGGUACUUACAUCAUGAAAGAAGAAUCGCACAAGGAUGUUGCACUGGUUUAUGUCAUCUCAGGAUCUCUAAUCGUCAGUCAGCGUGUCACUGAAGGCAGAGAUGCUGAUCAAGAAGUUCACAUGUUCAGUACACACCCUGGGGAAAUAGUCGGUGGCCUAGCCGUGCUGACAGGAGAGCCAUCGUUUUACACAAUUAGGGCGAAAAAUCUGAGCCGCAUUGCCUUGCUCUCUAAAAACACUUUCUUUGCAAUCAUGCGAGAGAAGCCUACAGUGGUUCUUCAUGUUGCCAACACCGUGGUCAGGCGACUCAGCCCCUUCGUUAGGCAGGUAGACUUUGCCCUGGAUUGGCUAUUCCUGGAGAGUGGUAGGGCCUUGUAUCGGCAAGGUGCCGAAUCCGACUCAACGUUCAUUGUAUUGAGCGGACGUCUGAGGUCUGUGAUCACUUAUGCAGACGGGAAAAAGGAGCUGGUCGCAGAGUAUGGAAAGGGGGAUUUGGUUGGGAUAGUCGAAAUGGUUACUCAGACUGCAAGAUCCACGACUGUAAUGGCUGUCCGAGAUUCGGAACUCGCCAAACUCCCCGAAGGCCUCUUCAAUGCCAUCAAACUCAGAUUUCCCAUCGUUGUAACACGGUUGAUCAACUUACUCGGUCAUCGCAUACUCGGCUCUUGGAAACGUUCCCAAUCCAAUACAGUGUCAAACGGAGUAACGAGACGGACAGCUGCAACGGUGGAUGCAAGACCAUCUCAAGUGAACUUUUCAACAGUAGCGAUAGUUCCAAUUUCAGAAGACGUUCCACUCACUGCUUUCACCUUCGAAUUAUACCACUCGCUGUGCUCGAUCGGACCAUGCGUACGCCUGACGUCUGAUGUUGUUCGAAAGACAUUGGGUGCUUCCAUAAUGGAGUCGGCUAACGAGUAUCGGUUAACAUCGUGGCUGGCGCAGCAGGAGGACCAGCAUCGCAUUUCAUUGUAUCAAUGCGAUUCGAGCUACACACUUUGGACUCAACGCUGCGUCCGACAAGCCGAUUGCAUACUCAUAGUUGGCUUAGGCGAGAAGCCGCCAAGCUUAGGUCGGAUUGAACGUGAAGUUGAGAGACUUGCUAUGCGUACUCAGAAAGAAUUGGUGCUACUCCAUAGAGAACAGAGCGGCCAACGACCCAGUAACACUGUUCAAUGGCUCAACAUGCGAUCCUGGGUCUCAAGUCAUCACCACAUACAAUGCCCGAAACGGAUGUUCACCAGAAAAUCUCAAUAUCGCAUUAAUGAACUCUACUCAAAAGUGCUGACGUCAGAACCAAACGUGCACAGUGAUUUCAGCAGACUUGCACGAUGGCUCACUGGAACUUCUGUAGGCUUGGUUCUGGGUGGUGGAGGAGCUCGAGGUGCUGCUCAUAUAGGAAUGUUGAAGGCCAUUCUGGAGGCGGGCAUCCCCAUUGACAUGGUUGGCGGUGUCAGCAUAGGAGCUUUCAUGGGUGCUUUAUGGUGUAUGGAAAAGAACAUUACCACGACAACCCAAAAGGCCCGAGAAUGGUCGAAGAAAAUGACCCAAUGGUGGAGGCAAAUACUGGAUCUAACAUAUCCGAUGACAUCAAUGUUUUCGGGAAGAGAUUUUAACGCAACUAUUCAAGGGACUUUUGGAGAUGUGUAUAUCGAGGAUUUAUGGCUUCCGUAUUUUACCAUCACGACUGACAUCACUGCAUCUUCUAUGCGCACGCACACACACGGAUCGCUGUGGCGUUAUAUUCGGGCUUCGAUGUCAUUAUCGGGUUAUAUGCCGCCGAUGUGCGACCCUGUCGAUGGCCACCUCCUCCUUGAUGGCGGGUACGUCAACAACUUACCAGCCGAUGAAAUGCUUCGACAAGGAGCUCAUCACAUACUGGCAAUAGAUGUUGGUUCCCAAGAUGACACUGACUUGACAAAUUACGGCGAUUCCUUGUCUGGCUGGUGGUUGUUGUGGAAACGCUGGAACCCGUUUGCUACAACUGUGAAAGUUCCAAAUCUCCCCGACAUCCAGUCUCGAUUGGCAUAUGUCAGCUGCGUUCGCCAAUUAGAAGAAGUCAAGUCGUCCGACUACUGCGAAUACAUUAGACCUCCGAUCGACAAGUACAAGACCUUACAAUUUGCAAACUUUGACGAAAUCAAAGAUGUCGGUUAUCAUCAUGGUAAAACAUACUUUGAUGGUCAACUGAAGGCAGGAGUAUUACCAAGAUUCAAUGCUGACCGAGAACAUGCAAAAGCAAUGCAGGCUAAACACCAAGCAGCUAAUCAACAGCAAUACCAAGCAUCUGUGUCAGCUUAUACAUUCACCGAUUUGGCACAAAUGGUUUGCAAGGUAUCUCGAGGCAAUCGUUACGUCGAUUUAGAGCUUGAUUCCGAUUCGGAAGAACUAGAAGAAUACGAAGCAGAUUUGGAAGAGGAUGCACACGAAGUUGGCUAUGCCUCCGAACCUACCGCUGGGAUUCUAGACCAGAGUCCGGAAGAUAAUCGCCUCAGACGAAGAGCCGGAGGUUCCCUAAGUUUGUCGGAAAAUGAGGCAGAGUGCGAAAUCGACUAUCGUUCGAAGAUGUUUUGAUCCCGUUAAUGGCGUAGGCGGAAAUCUUCAAACUUCUGUUGAUUACUUGUAAAUAUUUAAUUAUACUAGAAAUUUUAGUUCGUCUUCUUUCAAAAGUACAAACGUAAUCCACAAAAAUUCGCAAGCAGCCGGAAGCUUGCUUGCGUUGUGGUACACCUAUCAAUGCAAUGUACCACUAAAGUACAUAUUAAUAUUGUUAUUAUUAGUGUUAAGUAUGAAUAAUAACUAUUGUUUCUACUGAA